GCCCCAGUAAUGCAUUAUUCCCGAGUUGAAGGGACCGUCUCUAUCCUUGAAGAUGCUGCAGAAGAGUUUUAUCUACAAGCUACCAUUUCAUGGAGGAAUAGAAAGUGGACAUGAUAAUACAUCUUGGUUCUACUCCAAAAGGAUUAUUAAGUGGACAGUGUUUUCCCCCCAGAUGUGAACACUUUUGCUAGCAUGCUCUUCAUAAGAAAUGUUCUGCCAAAGCCAACUCUAAAGUUAGUAGGCUAAACUGAAAACAUAUUUGAUUAUAUUCUGGACAUGAAACUGAAGUUUAUGAGCCGACUGUAUGUGAAUCACCGGGCAUCAGUGACAACAAGUUGAGACGGUUAAAAGAAAAACAAUAGUCAUUCUCCGCGCGUCAGGCAGUUUGGAGCAGUUUAUACAGCCGUGUGGCCAACAGUCCGGGUGCGCGUUUAGGAAAUGGAGCGAAAUAAUGAAAGCUUGUUUCUUUGGAAGUGUAUUAUUUUUCGUGUCGGCAUCCGAUUAUAAAUGUAAUGGGAAUACAAACAGACAUAACAAGUCAAACAUGAGUGUUGAGAAACAUGGCUUAUGUUAUAUUUUCCUAUGCGUAAUGGACAAAUAACAUUAGCUAUAGAGAAGCACCCUCGUUUACAGGGCCAUAGACAGCUGUAGUGAUGAUUUCAGCUGGGGGAGUGAUCACAGGCCAUCUUGCUGCGCUGAAGAGGCAGGACUCUGCCCGCUCCCAGCACCACCUGCCCAUCCAGUCCCCAGCCCCAGGAGAGAUCCAGGAGAAGAGGAAGGCCAAGCGUAAAACCCGGGCCGAUGUGGUGGUGGUCAGGGGGAAAAUCCGCCUCUACUCUGCCUCUGGGUUCUUCCUCAUCCUGGGUGUGUUGAUCCUGAUGGUGGGCGUUGCUAUGGCCGUGCUGGGCUACUGGCCACACACAGAGCCCCUUGUAGCGGCCAACACCAAGCUAUCCACCAACGACACCAGGGUGACCCGAGAGCAGGGCGGUAAGCUGAUCCAGUUUUUUGAGCAGCACCUGCACUCUGAGAAGAUGAAGAUGCUGGGGCCGUUCACCAUGGGUAUUGGUAUCUUCAUCUUCAUCUGUGCCAACGCAAUCCUGCACGAAAACAGGGACCGGGAGACCAAGGUGAUCCACAUGAGAGACAUGUACUCCACCGUCAUCGACAUCCACAGCCUGCGGAUCAAAGAGCACAAGUACGUGAAUGGGGCCUACUCAGGCCCCUAUGGGGAGCAUGAGGUCAGAACCUAUGAGAACCAGUGUGCCUCUAAGCUAGCUGCUAACACCCUGCUAGGGUUCCCCGGUGUGGGGAACGACGUGAGGGUGUCACGCAGGACCGGCUCUAUGGAGGACGAGGAGGGUCUUCUCAACGAGGCCAAGGGGGGGCAUGGCCUUGUGCCUUCAUUCUGCAGAGAGCGCUCUGGCUCCAUCUUUGGCUUGCAGCAUGAAGGCAGUCGCCAUGAGAAGAGCAACUUCCCCAAGAGAUGCCAGACCAGGUCCAUCGUCUCAUCCUCCAUCAGCGCUUUUACCCUGCCUGUCAUUAAGCUCAACAACUGUGUGAUCGACGAGCCUGACAUGGACAACAUUACAGAGGACCUGGAGCACAUGAGGGUUAGGUCCAGACCCCCCUCUAUGCAGUCCCUUUCCCUGGCUGUGCCUGUCCCGGCAGACAUCGCCCAAGCCUACAAACCUCCUGGUGUCAUGCUCCUCAGGAGCAAUUCGGCCACAGAGUCCCACACCGUGUCCUCUCGUAGCUCUCUGUCCCCAGGUUCUGCCAGUGGGAGCUACCUGUCCCCCAGGGCGGCCCGGAAGGACUUUGGCUCCAACAACUCCCUCCACAUGCUGUCUUCUCACUCCAAGUCUCUGGACCUGGAUCGAAGGCCCACCACCCUGACAGUGAAGCCAGAGCAGAGGAAACAUCCCAGCUGGCCCCGGCUGGACCGCAGCAACAGUAAAGGCUACAUGAAGCUGGAGAACAAGGAGGAUCCUAUGGACAGACUGCAGCUGCCCCAGGUAGCAGUCAAAAGGGAUUACACCAAGAAAGAGAAACUGCUCAUGAUCUCCAGGUCUCACAAUAACCUCAGCUUUGAACAUGAUGAGCAGUUCAUGAGCAACACUAUGAAACGAGGGAGCUCGGAGACCAGGUUUUAAACUCUUAUAAAGCCUGGUCCCAGAUGUUUGUACUGUCUUGCAAAAAUGACCAUAAAGAUGUAGGAUCUUAAUUUGAGCCAGUUAGCUACGGCAGGAAAUAUUCUUGCAGUACCAGGAAAUGUGCAUUAUAAUUAAUUAACAUUUUUUGUAGGGGUUGAUACAUUUUUCAGUAGGGCAAAUCAAGUCUGACAUUUUAAAGUGGACAUUGCUAACUUUAGAAGCCUUUUUAAACAUUGAAUAUACUACAGGUUUGCAUUUCCUGCUAGGCAGAAAAAUUCUCAGCAACAGAGUGAUCAAAUUAAGAUUCGACAUCUGUAGGUGUUGGCAAGACAGCACAAAACGAUCUGAGACCAGACUAUAAAUGGUCCGCUACUUGGACCUAAUUCUAACAAUGGUGUUUCUUUGUGUGACACGAUCAUUCUGCAAUACGAAUCACAAUUCAAGCUGUUCACUGUCAGUGUUGAAUAGUUCAUUGUAAGUGUGAUUACAUUUACAUUACAUUUAAGUCAUUUAGCAGACGCUCUUAUCCAGAGCGACUUACAAAUUGGUGCAUUCACCUUAUGACAUCCAGUGGAACAGCAACAUGUUUUGGGAUGACGCGCUCAGGUAGUCCGUCUGUUUGCAAUGAGUCUAAAGAAAGUGGGGCUGUGUCACACACGGUGAGAUUAUUGCAGCACAAAUAAAUUUGUACAAAAUGUUGAAAUUAGCUUCAAGGUGAACUUGAAAAUACAGAAAUCAAUACGACUAAAAUGUGGUUUGUUUUUCUCGUCUUUGCAUUGUUGCAACAGGCAGUUUUGUUUGUUUAAACUGGUCAGUGUAUGUACCAGAGUUGGCUAGAUAUUUUGCUAUGGAGCUUUUAAUAAUGUAAUGUUCUCUACAAACACUGCUAUUUUUUUAAGAAAAUAGUUAACCUGUAAAUGUACAGCCGACCCAUUUCUCAGAAUAAAAUGAAGCUUUUCAGGGAGUAACAUUUGUCUUUUAUGAUAGCCUAUACUUUUUCUCGCAAGCCUUAUGAAAAUCCGCUAUGUAUUCACAGAAAGGUAUGUCACCUGGCCUUAGAACAUGCAUUUUAAACACAAACAUAAUUGCACAGAGUCUGUGUCGAACAGUACAGAGUAUCUCAGUUCCCGUCUGUAAUUCUGAUGUUCAUUUCGUCCAUUGAAUUCUCAAGGUGAAUGAACUGAGAAAUUCUUCAAAUAUGUUCCUUCUCAACCCACAAACUUUGAGUCUGUUGAGAAGGGAAACCAUCCUGUCUUUAUCAAGGGAGUGAAUAGCAUUCCCAUAUUGAACAAGAGGUGCUCUGGGAGUACCAAGUUGGCAGCUGCCAGAAGAGAGAGGGGACUCAUAAGAGGGUUCCAUCUGGAGGGGAAGUCAACCAAGACAUAUGUGACUUCCAGGAAGCAUGAUAUUUAAACAAGGAUUGCAUAUUGUCAACAUGAACAGCAGAAACUGUGCUAUAUGAAUGGUCAGGAUCUGAAAAAUAUUUUUUAUGUUCUCUAUUCUCUGAAAUGAAUUAAGACUAGCUGUCGCCAUUGGCGUCAGAUACUAGAGAUCCUAAUCAAAUAAAUAUAUUAUUUAUCUCAGUGGAUUUGGAAAGACAUUGGAUACCAUUUGAUCAUGUUCUUUCUUUUAUGAGAAUUUAUUUUGUUCAGCUUACUGCCCUUUUUGUGUAGCUAUAAAAGGUAGUCCUGUUUUUUUUUAAACAAGUCCAAUUAGUCUCUCAUUGUCUUCAACAAUACAGCCUCUGCCUUGUCGAUUUGGUCCGUUAUUGUUAUGCUCUCUGAGCAUGGGUAGGUUAUUCAGAAAGUUUCAUCUUCCCACAAACCACUUGCAAACAAUAAGGUAGUAUCAUAUGGAUGAAGCACUGACUAAUCAAUCCUCUGAUAUUCUUAAGUAGUAAAUAUUCAUACUUGCAAAGUAAUAAAGAUUAGCUUUUGUUUUGAUUUAGUCUAUUUUUAUAGAAGUUCCUUGCCUACAGUAUAUAGGCUACAGUCCACACAGCUCCGGCUUGGAUCCUCAUCCUAAACAGAAAAAAAUUACAGAUAAAGUUGGAGAUAGUUUUGUAUUUGACAAGGAAGAUAAAGUUUGACUGAGGCCAUCUUUGGAGUUAGUAUAAAAGUAAAAAACAUUGUGGCUUAAACAACAAAACAAUUAAAAAUGUAUUUGUCACAUUCAUCGUAACAACAGCUUACUUAUGGGCCCUUCCCAACAAUGCAGACAUUUUGUUUUAUUGUAGUAAAAAUGUAAAAAUAAUAACGAAUAAAUAGAAAAAUAAUAACACAAGGAACAAAUCAAAUCACAUUUUAUUUGUCACAUGCGCCGAAUACAAUAGGUGUAGACCUUACAGUGAAAUGCUUACUUACAAGCCCUUAACCAACAAUGCAGUUUUAAUUUUUUUUUAAAUAAAAAAAUAAAAGUAACAAAUAAUUAGAGCAGCAGUAAAAUAACAAUAGCGAGGCUAUAUACAGGGGGUACCGGUACAGAGUCAAUGUGCGUGGGCACUGGUUAGCCAAGGUAAUUGAGGUACAUGUAGGUAGAGUUAUUAAAGUAACUUAUGCAUAUAGAUAAUAAGAGUUGCAGCAGUGAAAGGGGGGGGGGGGGGGCAAUGCAAAUAGUCUUAAGAGCCAUUUGAUUAGAUAUUCAGUAGUCUUAUGGCUUGGGGGUAGAAACUGUUUAGAAGCCUCUUGGACCUAGACCUGGUGCUCCGGUUUCGCUUGCCGUGCGAUAGCAGAGAGAACAGUAUAUGAAUAGGGUGGCUGGAGUCUUUGACAAUUUUUAGGUCCUUCCUCUGACACCGCCUGGUAUAGAUCUCCUGGAUGGCAGGAAGCUUGCCACGGUAAGAUGUACUGGGCCAUGCGCACAACCCUCUGUAGUGCCUUGCGGUUGGAGGCCGAGUAGUUACCAUACCAGGCGGUGAUGCUACCUGUCAGGAUGCUCUCGAGUAAUGAUAACUGUGCUAUAUAAAACUGAAAUAUCACAUUUAGAUAAGUAUUCAGACCCUUUAUUCAGUACUUUGUUGAUGCACCGUUGUCAGCGAAUACAGCCUCGAGUCUUCUUGGGUAUGAAUCUACAAGCUUGGCAAACCUGUAUUUGGGGAGUUUCUCCCAUUCUUCUCUGCAGAAUCUUUGUCAGGUUGGAUGGGGAGCGUCGCUGCACAGCUAUUUUCAGGUCUCUACAGAGAUGUUCGAUUGGGUUCAAGUCUGGCCUCCGGCUGGGCCACUCAAGGACAUUCAGAGACUUGCCCCAAAGCCACUCCUGUGUUGUCUUGGCUGUGUGGUUAGGGUCGUUGUCCUGUUGGAAGGUCCUGAGCACUCUGGAAUAGAUUUUCCUCAAGGAUCUCUCUGUACUUUGCUCCGUUCAUCCUUCCCUUGAUCCUGACUAGUCUCCCAGACCCUGCCGCUGAAAAACAUCCCCACAGCAUGAUGCUGCCACCACCAUGCUUCACCGUAGGGAUGGUAUCGGCCAGGUGAUGAGCGGUGCCUGGUUUCCCCAAGACGUGACACUUGGCAUUCAGGCUAUAGUCUUGGUUUCAUCAGACCAGAGAAUCUUGUUUCUCAUGGUCUGAGAGUCCUUAGGUGCCUUUUGGCAAACUCCAAGCGGGCUGUCGUGCCUUUAACUGAAGAGUGGCUUCCAUCUGGCCACUCUACCACAACGGCCUGAUUGAUGGAGUGCUGCAGAGAUGGUUGUUCAUCUGGAAGGUUCUCCCAUCUCCACAGAGGAACUCUGGAGCUCUGUCAGAGUGAUCAUUGGGUUCUUGGUCACCUCCCUGACCAAGGCCCUUCUCCCCCGAUUGCUUAGUUUAGCCGGGUGGCCAGCUCUAGAACAGUCUAGGUGGUUCUAAACUUCUUCCAUUUAAGAAUGAUGGAGGCCACUGUGUUCAAUUUUAGGAAAAAGCUGUAACGUAACAAAACGUGGAAAAGUCAAAUACUGAAUCCUUUCUGAAUGCACUGUAGGUAGGGAUAAAGUGACUAGGCAACAGGAUAUACAGUAAAUAGUAAGAGCAGAGUAUGUGAUGAGUCAAAACAAAUUAGUGCAAGAAGGGUCAAUGCAGAUAUUCCAUGUACAGUUGAAGUCGGAAGUUUACAUACACCUUAGCCAAAUACGUUUAAACUCAGUUUUUCACAAUUCCUGACAUUUAAUCCGAGUAAUAAUUCCCCGUCUUAGGUCAGUUAGUUUAUUUUAAGAAAUGUGAAAUGUCAGAAUAAUAGUAGAGAGAAUUAUUUAUUUCAGCUUUUAUUUCUUUCAUCACAUUCCCAGUGGGUCAGAAGUUUACAUACAUUCAAUUAGUAUUUGGUAGCAUUGCCUUUAAAUUGUUUAACUUGGAUCAAACGUUUCAGGUAGCCUUCCACAAGCUUCACACAAUAAGUUGGGGGAAUUUUGGCCCAUUCAUCCUGACAGCUGGUGUAACUGAGUCAGGUUUGUAGGCCUCCUUGCUCGCACAUGCUUUUUCAGUUCUGCACACAUUUUCUAUGGGAUUGAGGUCAGGGCUUUGUGAUGGCCACUCCAAUACAUUGACUUUGUUGUCCUUAAGCCAUUAUGCCACAACUUUGGAAGUAUGCUUGGGGUCAUUGUCCAUUUGGAAGAACCAUUUGCAACCAAGCUUUAACUUCCUGACUGAUGUCUUGAGAUGUUGCUUCAAUAUAUCCAAAUUAUUUUCCGACCUCAUGAUGCCAUCUAUUUUGUGAAGUGCACCAGUCCCUCCUGAAGCAAAGCACCCCCACAAUAUGAUGCUGCCACCCCUGUGCUUCACGGUUGAGAUGGUGUUCUUCGGCUUGCAAGCAUCCCCCUUUUUCCUCCAAACAUAACGAUGGUCAUUAUGGCCAAACAGUUCUAUUUUUGUUUCAUCAGACCAGAGGACAUUUCUCCAAAAAGUACGAUCUUCGUCCCCAUGUGCACUUGCAAACCGUAGUCUGGCUUUUUCAUGGCGAUUUUGGUACAGUGGCUUCUUCCAUGCUGAGCGGCCUUUCAGGUUGUCGAUAUAGGACUCGUUUUACUGUGGAUAUAGAUACUUUUGUACCUGUUUCCUCCAGCAUCUUCACAAGGUCAUUUUCUGUUGUUCUGGGAUUGAUUAGCACUUUUCGCACCAAAGUACGUUUAGCUCUAGGAGACAGAACACCAUUCCUUCCUGAGCGGUAUGACAGCUGCGCGGUUCCAUGGUGUUUAUAGUUGCGUACAGAUGAACGUUGUACCUUCAGACAUUUGGAAAUUGCUCCCAAGGAUGAACCAGACUUGUGGAGGUCUACAAGUUUUUUUCUGAGGUCUUGGCUGAUUUCUUUUGAUUUUCCCAUGAUGUUAAGCAAAGAGGCACUGAGUUUGAAGGUAGGCCUUGAAAUACAUCCACAAGUACACCUCCAAUUGACUCAAAUGAUGUCAGACUUCUAAAGCCAUGACAUCAUUUUCUGGAAUUUUUCAAGCUGUUUAAAGGCACAGUCAACUUAGACUUCUGACCCACUGGAAUUGUGGGUAAGUGAAAUAAUCUGUCUGUAAACAAUUGUUGGAAAAAUUACUUGUUGCAUGCACAAAGAAGAUGUCCUAACCGACUUGCCAAAACUAUAGUGUGUUAACAAGAAAUUUAUGGAGUGUUUGAAAAACAAGUUUUAAUGACUCCAACCUAAGUGUAUGUAAACUUCCGACUUCAACUGUAUGUACAGUCAGUGUGGGGACAACAUUGUUGAUGCACUUAUUAUUAAAGCCGGUGACUGAUGUGGUGAACUCCUCAAUGUCAUUGGAUGAAUCCCGAAACAUGUUCCAGUCUGUGCUAGUGAAACAGUCUUGCAGCUUAGCAUCCAUUUCAUCGCACCACUUCCAUAUUGAGAUUAUCACUGUUACUUUCUGUUUGAGUUUUGGCUUGUAAGCAGGAAUCAGGAGGAUAGAGUUGUGGUCAGAUUUGCCAAAUGGAGGGCGAGGGAGAGCUUUGUAUGCGUCUCUGUGUGUGGAGUACAAGUGAUCCAAAGUUUUUUUCACCUCUAGUUACACAGGUGACAUGCUGGUAGAAAUUAGGUUAAACGGAUUUCAGUUUUCCUGCAUUAAAGUCACCGGCCCCUAGGAGCACCACCUCUGGGUGAGCAUUUCUUGUUGCUUAUGGCCCUUACAGCUCGUUGAGUGCGGUCAUAGUGCCAGCAUCGGUUUGUGGUGCUAAAUAGACCGCUAUGAAAAAUAUAGAUAAACUCUCUUAGCAAAUAGUGUGGUCUACAGCUUAUCAUGAGGUAUUCUAACUCAAGCAAGCAGAACCUUGAGACUUCCUCAAUAUUAGACAUCACUCACCAGCUGUUGCUAGCAAAGAAACACACCCACCCUCUGAGCUUCCCGAUGCAGCUGUUCUGUCCUGUCGAUGUAUAGAAAAACCAGCUAGAUUUAUAUUUACCAUGUCUUUGUUCAGCCAAGACUUGGAAAAACAUAGGAUAUUACGGUCCAUUCAGAUUACGUUGUUACGAUAGUCUCGAAUGGAGCUCAUCCAGUUUUUUCUCCAGUGAUUGCACGUUCGCCAAUAGAAUGGAGGGUAAAAGUGAUUUAUCCACUCUCCGACAUAGUCUCCACUAUAUAGCGCAGUCUCCUCCUUCGAGUGUCGGGGACUUGCGCCUGGUCCAGGAUAAUCAAUAUGUCUUUCGCCUCCGACUCAUUGAAGUAGAAGUCCUCAUCCAAAUGGAGGUUAGUGAUAGCUGUUCUGAUGUCCAAAAGGUUUUUUACUCAUAGGAAACGAUGGUGGAAACAUUAUGUUAAGAUCAUCGCCCAAAAAUACACAAAAUAGCCCAAUUGGUCAGGAGCCCAUAAAACAGCCGUCAUUUCAAUCAACAAACCCAAAAAUGUAUUUUAUCAUACAUUUUACAUCAAUAGACAAAAACUACUUUUAAAUUCUAAUUGAAUAAGUCUCUGUGUUUCUUCUGCCUCAUUGCUAGAUCAUCCCACUGGUGCUCCUUGGGUACCGAUGGAUAAUUUCCUUGGUGGAGCAGGGCUGGGUUAAUUGUUAAGAGCCUUGGGGUUUAGACCUCACUCACCAGGGGAAUGGGAGGUUUGGGUUAGACCUGGGCCUUCCGGAUGCUAUUCUAGCUGCUAUUCUAGCUCAUUAGGGGCAUCAAUCUCCAUCAUAGUUUAGGGAGGGGUCCAGAACCCCCUCUUACUGCCAUGGCAACAAAGGUACCCUCAGUAUUUGACACCGACUGCAGCUAGGCAGAUGCUACAUUUGACAAAUGAGAGCUGCAAAGACUCAUGGGUCAAAACAUGAAACAUGAUGAGAUUUCUUAAAAUAACAUAUUUGUUGUACUUUCAUUUAUACAGUAAGACACUGACUUGCAAUGAGGAUGUCACCUCUGUUCAGUUAUACAUUAAAUGUCAAAUUUCGAUAUAAACCGUUACUUACCCAAACUAUUGAGAAGCUAAGGCUGUACUUACUAAUUGGCUGACCUUCCGGGACCUUCAGCACCUUGUUAUUGUCUUUCAUGAACUGCUAUUGGGAACUUCACCAUUAUGCUGCAUCCAAAGUCACAGAGGCAUCCCGCUCUUAUUAGUGAUGUCUCUACUUAGUCACAUGGCCUAUUAUUCCUUAUCCUCAUUAUGCAGGAGGCAUGUUGGUAAAUCAGUGUGACCAGAGUGGUGUACUACAAAUCUAGAUAGAGGUGUUUUUGGUCAACUUGUUGUUCAAUUUGGGAUAACUGGUGACAUGAAAUGGCUCACCUUUUAGCCAGGUACAUUUCUAUGGCAACAAAUUCUUCAGAACUAACCUGCUCUGGGCUAACUUCACUUAUCUUGAAUGAAGUGUUCGAGCAAUGAGUUCAGGUUAAGGACCAAUCAAAUUAGAUUCCUUCUCUCUCGCAAAUAGUGCAUCAUCCUCCCUUCAUUCUCUGGACCAUAUUUGAGGAACACAACUGGCAAAUUAUUUUAUUGUUCAAAUGUUCUUGUGUGUUAAAAAUAGCAAUAUUCAAAUCACACAACACAUGUAGUAAUGACAGGAUGCGUUUGAAACUUCACACGCACUAAAACUUUGUAUCACUUCAUAAAAGUAAUUGUAUUGGUAGGAGUAGGAGUAGGGGGAAAAUUGAGUUGUGCAUUGAUAAGCACACCAAAGAAACAAUUUGCGUAAGAAAGGUGGCACUUGUAAUAUCCCAUUUUGCAUUUUUUUUUCUUUCAUUUAGAUUUUGGCAAAAAUGUAAAUGUGGCACUGACUUGCCCAUGGAUUGAUGUUUCGGCAUUGUCUCAAUGAAUAGUUUGGCGUUCGACUAUCCUUGUUCAACAUGAACGCGCAGUUACAAGCACGCCUCGAGUAAGCGACGGGUGCAUGAUCAAUAUCUACCUUUGUAACAUGGAUGAAGCCUGAGCUAGAAUGUGAAGCUAACUGAAGCUGGCUAAUUUCAUAAAAACCUGAGUACGUCUAGCUAGAUCUGUCCAGUCCUGUCCACACUGAGCUCAUGGUGUUGGGUCAUAGUCUCGGAAACCCAGACCUUGCAGCAACGGCAUAAAAGGGGAGAAAAAAAAUCCUUCAGACAGAUACUCUAACUCUCCCAACAGAUCAAGAGCUAGGGUAGGUCCUGCUUUACAUUCUAAACCAAUCUCUGCCCACUUCUGCAGUGACAUAGUUUGACCCAUCCUCCUGCCCCAUUCUAAAGGCACCUCUAAGUUCAGAGGUCAAGUCGUGUUUUAGGAAAAUGUCUUAACGCAUGCUCGAUCGAGCCAAGAGAAUUAUCAUUAUUAUAGGCAAAGUAAUAUUUCAUACUGCUUUUAAAUACUGUAUUGAUUGAGAAAAGGUCUGUAAGAGCACAGUUUGACAACAUAAUGGUCUUCAGGGAGGCUUGAGUGACUACUUUGUCAGUGGCCACUGAUGUGUUCAUAUUGUUAUGCAUGAGUGUAACGGAUGUGAAAUGGCUAGCUAGUUAGCGGGUACGCGCUACUAGCAUUUCGGUCAGUUGUGUCGCUCGCUCUGAGGCAUGGAGGUAGUGUUGUCCCUUGCUCUGCAAGGGCUGCGGCCUUUGUGGAGCGAUGGGUAACGACGCUUCGUGGGUGACUGUUGUUGAUGUGUGCAGAGGGUCCCUAGUUCGCGCCCGGGUCGGGGCGAGGGGACGGUCUAAAGUUAUACUGUUACAUUGAUGCUGUUGACCCCGAUUACUGGUCGCUGCGGAGAAGGAGGAGGUUGAAAGGGGGGUGAGUGUAAUGGAUGUGAAAUGGCUAGCUAGUUAGCGGGUACGCGCUACUAGCGUUUCGGUCAGUUGCGUCGCUUGCUCUGAGGCCUGGAGGUAGUGUUGUCCCUUGCUCUGCAAGGGCCGCGGCCUUUGUGACGCGAUGGGUAAUGAUGCUUCGUGGGCGACCGUUGUUGAUGUGUGCAGAAGGUCCCUGGUUUGCGCCCGUGUUGGGGCGAGGGGACGUUUUAAAAGUUAUACUGUUACAUGAGCACGGUAACAAUGACAAUCAAUAAUGGGCCUGAGGGCACACACAGUGUGUUGUGAAUUCUGUAAUGAAUGUAUUGUAAUGUUUUUAAAAUUGUAUAACUGCCUUAACUUUGCCGGACCCCAGGAAGAGUAGCUGCAGCCUUGGCAGCAGCUAAUGGGGAUCCAUAAUAAAUACAAAUAAGAAAUAACUUGUGAACUGUCAAAUUUAAAGCCAAGUAUGUGAUGUCACUUCUAUCUAAGGAUGUGAAGGCAUGGUAUAAAGGAUGUGCCACCAUGCACUUUAUGAAACUGUUGCAGAGUGAGUGGGUUACAUGAAUGAUUCAGAGAUCUUCCAGCAUGUAUUGUUCACAGCAACAAAAGGUAUGUAGACAUCUCUGUUUAUAUUCCCUAUCUUCAAUCCCCGUCAGCUUUUUUGACCUAAUGGGUACAUACGUUUGUUCUGGAAAUAGCUUCUCUCUGUUACCUUCUUUUUGCUUUAUUGUACAUAGUCUAUGCUUUCUGCAACUUAAAAAAUCAAGUCCGUAAUGUUGGUGUAAAACAAUGUACUAUUUCUGGACCUGUCUGGCUUCGUAAUAGUUUGGUUCUCAUGUCGUCUUUUAAAUCAGGAUAAAAUGCAGACGCAGUUAAAGUAGAAAUAGUAGGCUACAUUAGAAACAGUUAGAUAAUGUCUUAGGCAUUUCCUUUUCUUUCCUCUGAUUCAAAGAAUGCAUGUGAUUUACCUGGAUGGAAUAAUAGACAUGUUAUUGAGCCUUAUUUGGAAUGCAACAAAACUUUUGUCCUAUAAAAUUUAAAUAAGUAUUUGGUAUGUGCUAAAAAGUUUGAAAUAUUUAUUUGUGUAACAUUUGCCACAUACAGUGGCAGUUGUCAAGUGAUAGUUUGAAAGGUUCAAAAGUUUGGUUGUAAGGUCAGGGCCCAUGUCAGUAAAGUUACAUUCUCUACAGUAUGGAAUACAUAAAUAGUAAUCUGGUACAAUAUAUAUAUAUAUCUGUAGGAGGGAAAUUAAUGCAUAGUGUGUCUGCCGUCACCAAUGUCAGUAUGGGAAUGAGAGAUUUAUCUUAAUCCUGAAUAUCCUCUGAGCAGUCCAUUAAAGGGUAGAGCGCAGCACCUUCCUAGCCUUCUGGGAAAUGAAGGCAUUGUGAUCACUGGUAAAGAGGGGGCGUGUAGGUUGUGUCUGAAACUGUGAAGCUGAAUCAAUCCCUCACUAAGGUCUGAGCAGCACACAGUCAACCCCCUCACAUACCACUGUUUGCACAGUGUGUGAUGUGAGGUGGGAUGGUAACAUUGUCUACAACACUAUGAGUGUGAUGCUCACUUGUUUAACUGGAAUAUCAUUAUAUCUAAGGUUCCUAAAGCUUCCCAUUGCCUCAUUCACCCACCUUCCUCUCCCCUGUAACUAUUCUCCAGGUCGUUGCUGAAAUUAGAAUUUCCUCAGUCAACUUAGCUGGUAAAAUAAGGGUAAAAAAAAUUGUAAAUUGAUGUUUUCCAAAAUUGUAUAAUUACUCCUGUCUAAAUAAAAUCAUUCAAAAUAUUUUAGAAGAGAGCUUGACUUAGCCACUUUAAAAAAAAUAGCUGUGGAUUGUUUCAAAUCACAAGUGCAGAGGCCUAUGCCGAUUACAUCUUGGGUAUCCAGAAAUUUGGGCAGCACACGUGGCAAUAGGCCUAGCUGAGUAUAGAGUUGCAGCAAACGCUAUGUAACACAGGAGGUCCCGUUUUAUUUUUUUAACUAUAGAAAUCAACUGAUUCGUUCUGGAGCCGGCCAUGACAGUAUGUUUGGAUUUAUACAGUAAGUGAAUUAGAGUUAGAUAGUGUUUGUUGUUCAUUCAAUUGGAAAGACUUCAUGGCCAGCUACUCAUGCUCCACACACUUUUUAAUGACAUGCAGACACUUCCGAGAGAGAAUAUGGGGAGAAAUGGAUGGCUAAAAAAAUGUGGAUUUUGCAGUAUUAAAGAGACACUUUAAGGAGCAUGUCUAUUGGCAGAACAAUUUUCGCCGGCAUUCUGUACCUAGUCAUUCUUCAAAGGAUACUUUUAGAACAGCCACAGUUAACGGGGCCUGUGAAAAGUGGUCCUAUACCAGCCUCAGCCCUUCAUAUGAAUAUAUGACAUUUGCUGAGGCCUGCUGCAUUGUUUGGCUAUCAAGUAAAGAAUCAUGUAGACUGAGAGAGUUCAAGCUGAGGCACAUUCCUUCCUUCAAUAUCCUGCCAGUACUGCACUGACAUCAUCUGCCCACACAUCUGACAACAGGGGACCCAUGCUCUGACUCCCCUCCGCCAAUCCCUCUUAAUCAGCCAAUUAAAUUAUUCCUGCUUGAAGGGAACACCAGAAGGGCAGCCAGAGCAUCUCUCUCCAGCUACACGCCCCUCAUCCUACUCCUCCUCCAUCCCUAGCUCUAAUCACCCCACGCUGUCAUUCCAUUCAUCUUCCUCAUUAAAGAAAUAGGCCUUACUGUGCACGUCAAUGCGGAGCGUUGCAGAGAUCCUAUUGGUUAACCUCAUUCCCUCUUGUACAAGCAAAGACUGCUAUUUAACAUCUAUUUUAUGCGAUUUGAGAAGGUGGCUAAAACAAGGUGGAUUAGGCUAAACAAGAAUGGCUGCAAUGUACAGCAAAGGCUUUUCUAGUCACCUUUAAUUGUCUGAGAAAGACAUGUACAUUUUAAAGUGUCUGGUGAUGAUAGAUAUAUUUGUGAAACUAUUUGUGAACAUUUAGAGAGAAAGGCCUGACAGCUCUCAUGGUAACUGUUCCAUUGCUGUCACUGAUUGCAAUAAUGUGUCCACUUUGCCAGCAGUGUUAUCCCUCCUGUAAGUGGUGCUUGUUAUACACUCUAAAUUCAAUGUCAAAUAUCUGAAUUACUCAGGUCCCUCUUAUUA